UACUUCUACAUUUACUCGCACUUACUCCUGCUCAGCUUUCCUCUUCCAGUCUGCUGCAGCUGCUUGCUGCUCGCGGCAUCCACACCACCGCUCUUGAUCGAACACUGGCUUGGUGGUGCGGCGAAUUAUGGAUUCCGGCAGGUGGUCUCUUCAGCUGUUCGAUGUGAUGCUCGUUGUAAUUGCAGGUAUAGUUUUUUGGGAAUUGGGGAGGAGGAGGAGGACGCGGGCGGCAGCGGGGCGGCUGCCACCGGGGAGCGUGGGGCUGCCGGUGGUGGGGGAGACGCUGCGGCUGAUCGCGGCGUACAAGACGGAGGACCCGGAGCCGUUCAUCGACGAGCGGGUGCGGCGGCACGGGCGGCUGUUCACGACGCACGUCUUCGGGGAGCGCACGGUGUUCUCGGCGGACCCGGAGUUCAACCGGAUGGUGCUGGGGGCGGAGGGCCGCGCUGUGGAGUGCAGCUACCCGUCGUCUAUCUCCACGCUGCUGGGCGCCCACUCCCUCCUCCUCAUGCGCGGCGCCCGUCACAAGCGCAUGCACUCCCUCACCCUCACCCGCCUCGCCUCCCCCGCCGCCAUCCGCGACGCCGCCCUCCUCCCGGACAUCGACCGCCUCGUCCGCCGCACCCUCGACUCCUGGUCCUCCUCUCCCUCCUCCUCCCCCUCUCGUGUCCUCCUCCUCGACCAGGCCAAAAAGAUCACCUUCGAGCUCACCGUCAAGCAGCUGGUGAGCUUCGACCCGGGCGAGUGGACCGAGUCCCUCCGCCGCGAGUACCUCCUCCUCAUCGAGGGCUUCUUCUCCAUCCCCUUCCCUUCCUUCCUUUCUUUCACCACCUACGGCCGCGCCCUCAAGGCGAGGAAGAAGGUGGAGGCGGCUCUGAAGGAAGUGAUUAGGAAGAGGAAACAGGAGAAAGCGGCGGCAGGGGCGACGAUGACGACGGCGGCUGGAGGCGACAAGCAGAGGAAGGACAUGCUGGAGGAACUGAUGGACGGUGGCGAUGAGGAGGAGGGAAUGACAGAAGAAGAGACGGUCGACUUCCUGCUGGCGCUGCUGGUGGCCGGCUACGAGACCACCUCCACCAUCAUGACUCUAGCCGUAAAGUUCCUCACCGACCUCCCCCACGCCCUCGCCCUCCUCCGGGAGGAGCAGGAAGGGAUCAGGGCAAAGAAGGGAGACGACGAGGAGCAGCCCUUGUCCUGGAGCGACUACAAGUCUAUGCCCUUCACUCAAUGCGUGAUCAACGAGACGCUUCGAGUGGCCAACAUCAUCAGUGGCGUGUUCAGACGCGCCAUGACAGACAUCCAUUUCAAAGGGUACAAGAUUCCCAAGGGGUGCAAAGUUUUCAUCUCUUUUCGUGCCGUCCAUCUUGAUCCUGAAUACUUCGAGGAUGCCCGGACCUUCAAUCCCUGGAGAUGGCAGAACAACGAGGUGGCGCAGCUGCAGCAGACCGGCGGUGCUGGCGUCUACACACCGUUCGGUGGCGGCUCUCGGCUGUGCCCCGGUUACGAGCUAGCGCGGGUCGUCAUCUCUGUCUUCCUCCAUUACCUCGUCACUGGCUUCAGUUGGGAGGAAGCAGAGAGAGAUCGGCUGGUGUUCUUCCCGACCACGAGGACGCUCAAGGGCUAUCCCAUCAAUGUCCAGCGCCGCGAGAAGGAACGACGAGGAUGAACAGCUCCAGCUUCGUGCCUCUUCCUCCUCCUCCCAUCAAUGUCCGGCUGGUUGUACGUGCUGAUAACCACGAAGAAGAUGAUCCAUGUAUGUUUUAUCUUGGCAUAGUGAAGCUUGUUCUUCCUGAUCU